AUGGGCCUGGCCAGGGCCCUGCGCCGCCUGAGCGGCGCCCUGGAGUCGGGGGACAGCAGGACAGGUGAUGAGGAGGAGGCCGGACCUGGGCUCUGCCGCAACGGGUGGGCGCCAGCUCCACUGCCGUCGCAGGUUGGCCGACGCCGCGGGCGCUUUGUCAAGAAGGACGGGCACUGCAACGUGCGCUUCGUGAACCUGGGCGGACAGGGCGCGCGCUACUUGAGCGACCUGUUCACCACGUGCGUGGACGUGCGCUGGCGCUGGAUGUGCUUACUCUUCUCCUGCUCCUUCCUCGCCUCCUGGCUGCUCUUCGGCCUGGCCUUCUGGCUCAUCGCCUCCCUGCACGGAGACCUGGCCGCUCCGCCGCCGCCCGCGCCCUGCUUCUCCCAGGUAGCCAGCUUCCUGGCGGCCUUCCUCUUCGCGCUGGAGACACAGACGUCCAUUGGCUACGGCGUGCGCAGCGUCACCGAGGAGUGCCCGGCCGCCGUGGCUGCUGUGGUGUUGCAGUGCAUCGCCGGCUGCGUACUCGACGCCUUUGUCGUAGGCGCCGUCAUGGCCAAGAUGGCCAAGCCCAAGAAGCGCAACGAGACGCUUGUCUUCAGCGAGAAUGCCGUCGUGGCGCUCCGGGACCACCGCCUCUGCCUCAUGUGGCGCGUCGGCAACUUGCGCCGCAGCCAUCUGGUUGAGGCCCACGUGCGGGCCCAGCUGCUACAGCCCCGUGUGACCCCAGAAGGGGAGUAUAUCCCACUAGACCACCAGGAUGUGGACGUGGGCUUUGAUGGAGGCACCGAUCGCAUCUUCCUCGUGUCUCCCAUCACCAUUGUGCAUGAGAUCGACUCUGCCAGUCCUCUGUAUGAGCUAGGACGUGCUGAGCUGGCCCAGGCUGACUUCGAGCUGGUGGUCAUUCUCGAGGGUAUGGUUGAGGCCACGGCCAUGACCACACAGUGUCGCUCAUCCUACCUCCCUGGUGAACUGCUCUGGGGCCAUCGUUUUGAGCCGGUCCUCUUCCAGCGUGGCUCCCAGUAUGAGGUGGACUAUCGCCACUUUCAUCGCACUUAUGAGGUCCCAGGGACACCUGUCUGCAGCGCCAAGGAGCUGGAUGAACGGGCAGAACGGGCUUCCCACAGUCCCAAAUCUAGCUUCCCAGGUUCUCUGGCUGCAUUUUGUUAUGAAAAUGAACUUGCUCUGAGCUGCUGCCAGGAGGAAGAUGAGGAAGAGGAGGCCAAGGAGGGGAAUGGGGCAGAGACAGAAGACGGAGCUACCAGUACCCGAGUUCUCACGCCAACCUUGACCCUGCCUGCAUGAUGCAAGCUGAUGUCCCCUUCCCCAUUUGUGUUCCCUUCUCAGAGCUAGCAAGAUGGAGAGAUCGGUCCCUCUUCUGGGAUGGGGGCAAGUGUUUCCCAAGACCAACAAGCCUGCUGGGUAAAUUAUUAGCUGGUGAGUUUCUCCAUGCCUGGUGGACCCACCAAGGACAUAAUGGACCUUAAUUCCUCUGCUUCUGUGCUCCCCCGAGACCCCUUUAUGAGCCCAAUUCCUGAGUCUCACCAGAGCUGAAGGAUCCAGAAUUCUGGACUAUCCAAUAGGCAAGGAUUGGUAAUUCUAGAUUCCUGCACAUGGCUGGGCCGGAGUUGUUGAGCAGGGUCAUAAAUCAGUGGCAUAGACCACCUCCAGGGUAGGAAGUUAGCAGUUCCAAACAAUUGUCAUCAGAAGUUUGUAGGUCUGGACUGACCUAGGAUUGAAGGGACUGUUGCUUCUUGACUCAGCCAACCAAGUAGUAAAUCAUUUGUUCUAGACCACCAAAGGAGGUUGUGGAAUGCCCCAAAUAUUCAAGAUCAUCUUGAUUGACCAAAGACAAGGAACAGUGACUACAAGCCAAGAAAAGACCGUGUGAUUCCAGAAAGCCCAGAAGUUGAAUUCUGUGAGUCUGUGUUGACCACAGAAGCAAGCACUGGUGAAUCUAGAACAGGUUUGACCUAAAGAGCUGAACUACUCCAGAAACUAAAGAGUUAUGUUUCUACAAUGUGCAAAACAAUGGCAAGUCUGUGGGCUUACAAGGUCUAAAGUGAAAGAUGGGGAGUUCUUGAUUAGAUAACUCCAGACUACUUGCUAUAGAACAUCCAGCCAAGGGGAUAAGCAUUGCUUCUAAAUGAUCCACAGGGUUUUGGGUUUUUUGUUUUUUUUUUUUUAAGUACCAUUCUAGAAGGUUCAAAGGAAUCGGGAUUCUGUGGCUCAAGACUGAUCAGAGUCAAGGAAGGAGGGGCGAUUCUAGAUGUCUGAAAUUUGCUUCCAGUUUGACCAAUGGAGUUGAGAAUCUUGAUGAUUCUAGAUGACUUCUUGUGGUUCUGUAAUGCCAAAAGGAAUCAAGGUUCCGUGGAUCCAGAGUUGUUCACUACCAAAGCCUGGAAG